CUAACCGAGCCGGCAGCCUAUAACCUCCCCGGGUUUCCGCCCAUUCCUCCACAGUUGAUUCUUUAGGACUGUAUUGUCAUGCAAAUAGAGGACGCGUAAAAUAUUUCCCCAGAGCGCAGCGCAGAGCAGAGACUCACACGGACCGCGCGGAGGACACAGACCGGGGACUCACUGUGGAUUUGUAUCGAUUUCGUCGCUACGGACCCGUCCAUCUGUCACAGACCACAUGAGCAGCGACAUAUAGCCGGGACGUGUAGCCAGGACCAGGAAACAGGUCGGACUCUUCAAGGAAAGUCUGCGGAGGCUACCCUGUGGAGAUAGUGUGGUCAUAUUUCCAAUUUGGCCGAGUGGAGUCGGAGGUGUCUCUGUUCUCCAUCCCCUGCUACAGGCUACCUGCUGCUGCUUCAGAGAGAGGGAAUACAUCCGCAGACCUCUGGAUCGCUUUUCAGCACCCUAAUAUGUUUUAGAGGAUUUUAGGAUCUCAUAUAUUUACCUUUUUGCACACCGAGUGUGUUAUUUCAUCUCUUGUCCUUUUUGGGAUAUAAUCAGCUCUUUCUCCUGUUUUAAAACUUUUAAGUGCCUUAAUAACUGGUGGUAAUCCAGUGUAACUGUGGCAUUGUCACCAUACCAGAGACGCUCAACAGGGAGAAGACGAUUAUUGUCAGCUUUAGAGCCCGGGCAGGAUUAGUGGUUCCCCCACCCUCCAGCGAGUUGCAACCAUGAGCCAGGCGGAUGUGUCGACUUGCUCCGCGCCGCAGAGGGUUUUCCAGGAGGCGGUGAAGAAGGGCAACACCAAGGAGCUGCAUUCUUUGCUGCAGAACAUGACAAACUGCGAGUUCAACGUCAACUCCUUCGGGCCUGAAGGACAGACGGCCCUGCACCAGUCCGUCAUUGACGGCAACCUGGAGCUGGUAAAACUGCUGGUGAAGUUUGGCGCAGAUAUCCGACUGGCCAACAGGGAAGGGUGGAGUGCUUUACACAUCGCCGCCUUCGGGGGCCACCAAGACAUUGUGCUAUACCUCAUCACCAAGGCCAAGUACUCCUCUGGCUCCCGGUGAUCUGUCUCUGCUGUCAGGUAAAAAUAAAAAAUCAGAAAACAACAAGUGGAAAUAAAACUGCAACACACGGAAAGCCAAGCUCUUGCUCUUCAUAGUUGUGCCAAAUUAUCCUAGAAAAGAAAGUCAAAACAGGCCUGCACAGUAAUCUCCCCUCAAUGUUAACCAAACGGGGCUCUCUGUGCGCUCCGGAGCCAAGCACCACACGGGUCAUACACAGUGCUGCAACACGAAUCUUUCACAUAAAAACAACGCCAUUUCGGUGAGUUUGUUGGUACUAAAGCUUUCCUCUUGAAUGUGUCUCCUAGAUCCACUCUAAAAGAAGCCAGUGUCUGUGUAUCAUGUGUGUGCUUGGACUCCAGAGUGCAGAUGGUCCAGUUUUAUUUCGACCCUUCCAUCCCCAGAAUACAGCUGAAAAGUUUCUUUGACAUGUUGCUCCUCAUUUUAAAACCCUUUCUUUAAGUUAUUUUAUCUUAAAAUAAAUAAAUAACGGCACUUGAUGCUUGUGUGGCUACAUGCUGGAAUACCUGAAAGGGAAGACACAUGAACACGAGAAGAAGGGUUGCCCUCUGUUGGCUACCAGAGGUCUGAUUCCUUUAAUAGAUUCAUUUGUUUUUUACUCAAAGAGCGGCAUUGUGGCUAUCCAACAUGCUUUCAGAUGUGUAACCAUUAUGUAACAACAAUUGUGACUCCAUUAUUGUUGUGAAGUACUGUACACAAUAGCUUUAUGUUUCUGUUUUAUUUUGAAAGAGACAGUAGCUGAAUGCGCUCUGUGUUGAUCUUGCCAUGCUGGCGUCCAACUUCUUCAGGCCAGUGUGACCACUUUUGGGUCAAUGUGUUAUAUUAUAAGAAAACCGCUGCUUCCGCUUUGUAUCAAAACAAAAGUUGCAUUUUUUUUUUUUGGAAUUCACUUUAUAAUCUCCUUUCAGUAUUUUAUGAACAUCCUAGUCAUCACUGUGAAAGCGGGCUGGGUUUUUUAUUUAUGAAGGUACAUUGAGAAGAUGCAUUUUCUUUUUUUGAAUAUGUUGUGGUUCUUCUUAAAAAAUCUUGUGAGUGUAAGAGGGUGACUCAAGCUGCUUCAGUCUCGUAGUGUAAACUGUCCCGUGUGGAGGUAUAUCUGCAACUUCCCAACCUAGAAUCCCCCUCCCUGUUACAGCCUGUUGACCCCUCAAGAGGACUUUCUCCCCUUUCCCUCCACCUCCUCCUCCUCCUCCCAUUUAAAGGACUUUGUUUGGUUGCCUUUGCCAGCUACCUCGACUAUAAAGUAUUCUCAAGUUGUUCAGCUCUCUCACACCGCUCUGCCACGUUUUGUUUGGAGUCUGAAGAGACUCACAAUUUGUCUGUGAUCAUCCGCAUAUCAGUGUGUUAUUUUUUUAUGCUUUUGGACUUCAAAACAGGACAUGCAAUGAAUCCACUCCUGCAGCCUCAGUCGGGACAGUUUAUUCUACACUACAACCAAACCAAUUCUGACAAGCAAAGCAUCGUUUUUUCUGCAAGGGACUCUAAUUUCCUGUUUCUCUGUAUCUCUAUUUCACUGCCAUUGUUGCAUAUCUUCCCGCUAAAACUCUUCUUUCCCCCUAUCUGUCAUUCUUCAUCAUUCAUAUUUUAUUUUUUCAGUCAUACAAAAAUGGAAUUGUAUCGCAUGACUUAUAAACGCAGGGAGUUUUAUUGCACAAAAAAAUGCGGAGCCUUGAGCGCCCCCAGUGUUUGGGCGGGGUAACUGCAGGAGCAAAGGCUUUGGAAUAGUUACUACUUACUACUGAGCAGGACCCUUAUACUGUUGGACGAUGAAGACUUAAAAAAAGAAAAGAAAAGCAACACCACAUGACUAUUUGCAGGAUUUCACUGAAAAGGAAAAAAACAAAUUUGGAUUAGAUAAGUUUCCUGAAAGUCAUGGCACCCUAACGUUUGUAUCAAUGCUGCUUGUUUUUUUGUUUCUAUUUUGAUGUCUUUUUGUUUUGAUUUUACAAAUCCUACUGCUCAAAUCACAGUUUUGUCAAAGCUUCACAGCAGCACAGGUUCACCUCAUGAGAUGCUGUUGAGAGAGUGUGUUUUUAAAAAUUCAGCUUGUGUGUGUGCGUGUGUUUUGUCUGUCUGUGCGUGUGCUUCUCAUGAGUCCCCCACCUGUGUUGUCACUGUAUAGCCCCAGUCAUCCAGACUGAUAACUUCCCAUUGUUACAACCUGGAACAACCACAAAUAAGUGAAGCGAUAGAUCCACUACAUUAUGGUAUAGAUUUGGUAUCAGGCAACAAUUGAAAUAUGCAUCGAUUGUCUUAAACUUGAUGUUUUAUUUUUCUCUCUCUUUUUUGUUUUGUUUUUGAAUAUUGCACUGAUGACUGUUGUUGAAAGUUGGCGUUUAUUUGUCAACAUUUAAUUUUUUUCUGAAUAGAAAAAAACAUACACAACAAAAUACUAUUGUAUAAAUAUAUGCUCCAGGUGAUGAUGUCCUAAUAUGUGUGUGUUACUUUGUGGAAAAAACAUUGUGUUUUUUUUAACAAAGAUGCGUGUAUCUUUGUGAUUGGGUGUAUGUAUAUAUACAUAUGGAUAUAUAUAUAUGGACGCUGAUGAUGAUGAUGAUGAUGAUAUCUUGGGGCACUUUCUUUUCUGAAGUGCUGUCUUCCUGUUUUAUUUGAAAGGGGAAUAAUACAUUUGAUGGUAAGAUCAUUGUAACAUGAUUAAAAAUUGCACGGUUGUGUGGUUGUGUGGCUUACCAAGGUCAUAACAUUUAUGACGUUAGGAGCCAGCCGCCGGAGUGGUGAGUGAGAUGUUUCUUUGUUUUGUUUUUUGAAUAAGACUUCUUUGGACCAAGAUGUGUUUCUGGUCUUGCUUCAUUUCAAGCAGGAGGAAACGGCUGAUUUUUCAUGAGUGAUGCAGAUGUUCCACCAUGUUUGAUUUAUUUUUCCUGUUUGUAUUCUUUUUAUUUUUGAACAUUUGUAACACUGUGAUGAUGACAUGAUGUCAUGUGGAGAUGAGUGCUGUAUUAUUUUUGUACGUUUGUGUACAAGCCAGUAAAGAAAUCAUUAAACUCAAACCCUUGGUGUAUGCA